CACACACAUAUAUACACACACGCUCACCCUCCCACCUCUCAAGCCCUUCCUUCAAGAGAAACUCCUUUUCUCCUUCCAACAAGGUUCUGGGUGGCUGGAAGAGGGAGAAAGAUUAAACAUCAGACUACUGCUAAAAAUAAUUAAUCCUACAACAAUCCUAUGAAGGACUUUCCUUAUCUCUCUCCCCACACAUACAUAAUGUAACACAGAAGAAGAGAAUUUAUCAGGAACAUUUACCAAGAGCUUCUGCAGACUGGGACUGGACCAGGCAUAAAAUGAUGGGAAUUUCUGAAGAACGUUAAGUUGCUGUAAGGUUAGUCCAGGGAAAGCUGAAGGGAUCUAUGUUUAACUCGUUAAAAGGAAUGUCAUGCCUCUAAAGACAUGUAUGCUAAUUGGCUAGUUAUAUAAUGAAGCACUGAUACCUUCUGACAGCUCUUAAACUCGGAAGACAUACAGGAGAGUUUUGACUGUGGACAAAUUAACCUGCUCCAGUUCUAUCAGCUCAGCUGGCAUUUAUACCACUUGCAAGAAAGCUAAGACUUUUUUCUACCACAAAAUUUUGGAGUGCCACAAUGAAUAUUUCAACAGACCUUUAAUUAAGUACUAAUAAUAUUGAAGUAAAAAAUAACAAAAGGAAAAUCCAUGUAACUGGCAUUUUAUAAAUUAAAGUGGUCCUGUUUGGAAAAUGGUUGAGAAAAGUGACUUUUCACUGGAUUGUUAAGUGACAGAAGGGAUGCAACACAAUUCAGCUCUGGCAAUGCCCAGUAUGGGACUCUGGGCAGCUGCCACUAUUUUGGUUCGACCUAUCUAGUGGAUUUUGCCCAAAUGGAAGACACAUAUUUAAGAAAGGUUGCCCAGUUUUUAUGGCUUUGCUCUUUCAAUCGUGGAUCUGAUUUAAGGAUACACCAACUCAGUAUUAAGUAACAGUCUGGAUGGUCCGGGCUAAAGAGUCUCAAUGCCUUGAUUGUCCUUAAGAUGAAGGUAUGGAAGAGGACAGCUACUGUUUUGAUUCUCCUCUGUGCUGUGUUGUCCCUUUUGGUCUAUGCAGAAGUCUACUACAGGAGAUGGAUGUUCAAUUCGGCCUCCUCCUCCUCACGGUCGGUCAUACGCUCAAAUUGGAAUGGGCAAAGAAGAUUCCCUCGGGGUCUGGAGCGCAAACAGCCAAUGAUUUCCCAAUACACAGCUCUCUUCGAAAGCUACACACAAGCCGAGAUUCGGGAACUUGUUUCUACUUUGGUAGAAAGGUACAGCCAGUCUGCACACUCUGGAGACGACCCAAAAAAUGGUGCCAGGAUGAAGAGGGCCCGAGUGCGCAAACAACCUUGUGCCCUCAAGGAAGUAGAGGUGAGCGUAAGCGAACUUGGACUGGGCUACGUGUCCGACGAAACUGUCCUGUUCCGCUAUUGCAGUGGUACCUGCGAUGCCGCUGUGCGCAAUUACGACCUUUCAUUGCAAAGCAUACGAGGCAAGAAGAAGAUCAAAAAAGAGAAAGUCAGAGCCCGGCCUUGCUGCAGGCCAACAGAGUACGACGAUGACGUGUCUUUUCUGGACUCCAAAAACCAUUACCAUACCAUCAAAGAGGUCUCUGCAAAAGACUGUGGCUGUGUUUGAUAAAAAUGUAGGGUGGAGAAGCAGUAAAUAAGCCUAAGAGUAAGGCAACCCCCAACAGAGAGCCAGUGUACCCUCCCUGGUGCCAGUAUGCCCAAUGGGAACAAAAAGGUCACAAAGUUGUAUUAAAUUUCUACCUCACUCAAAGCUUUCAAAUGGAAAUCAGCUUUGUGGCACAAAAACAAAGAUGGACUGAGUAAACAAGAUCAUGCAUUUGCACAGUGUUAUGGCACCCACAGAGAAAGAGGUCGGCAUCUCUGUCAACAUUUCUACUGUUGAUAUGAAGGAUCCUACAUUAAGGUGGAAAUACCGAGAUACAAAUAACUAUAUUGAACUUGAAAAUAAAUAUCACAUUAUAUUUAAGAAGGUUCACUGCUCAUGUAUUUGCAACUAUUUCAUAUAACAGUGACCAAGCUGAAAUAAGAUGUAAAGUUUCAUAGCAGUAAGACAUCUUCAUUCAGUUGACCAAAUCUAUAGUUCAAGUAUGAGAGUCUAGUAGACUAUUACAAUUAACAUGAGGUAUCAAAAGGCCAUUGCAUCUAGCUUUGUCACUUCCAGAAAGGAAGUGGCCAUCUACACUGAGCAGAUAACAUAGUGAUUGUGACUUUGGUGCCAAAAGCCUCAUAUUCCACAAGGAGUGACAUUGACUUUUUCCAUUUGUGCUGACCUUUACAAUGUGUCUGAGACUGUACCACCGGUUAUCAACUUUAUUUAACUGUAUACAUAUAUGUAUGUCUGUCUUAUACUAUAUGUUUGUGCCUGGGGGCAAUUUCCAUGCACAUAUCUGGGUCAUGAGUAUUAUCAAGCUCUUUAAUAAUUAUCCAGGGUUAUAUAAGGCUGUAUUGCAGCAGUGUGAAGCUAGUAGUUACACAAAGUGCUGCCACUGGUAGUUAAACCACACUAUAGUCACACAUAGCAUAGUCACAUUCCACAAUAUACUAAUAUUAGUAUAAAGAAUUGAUUAAUCCAGUAAACAGGUACAUCUGUUGGGGAUACACAAAAUGCGCUAUUUUAAAGAAAUAUCAAACAUUAGUUAGGGGAAAAUUAUAAAGUUCUGACUGCAUUCAGGGCCACCAUCUGGGGUAUACAGUGGGUACGUCAGGGGUCUCAAGAUAGAAUAGCAUGAUUCAUGAGAUGUGAAAGGCGGGGCUUGCAGGUGAGUGGAUACAUUUGUGAGGACCAUUGGUGGAGCUUUGAAAUAAUUAAUUCGAACUACAGGCAUGGGUCUUUUUCCAUUAAGGCUCCAUAUUACUUGUUUGCAGGGUCCACCACCCAGGGGGUACAGGUGACUGUUGGCAAAAAAAUUGCAGCCUCCUGGGGGAAGAGCCUUGCUAAAUUAGUAAUAUUGGGCCCGUUAUUGCGUCCAUGAAAGCAUUACACACAGUUUUCUUGUACCAUGUAGCAACAUCCCUAACAGCUUUAGGACAUUUUAUGCUAGGAGUUGUACAACUAAGAAAGUCAUUGAGAAUAAUGCUGGCCAUGCAGACUAGUUUAUAUUUGCUUCUGAUGCUGUUAUAGUUGUUGUCAGCUUGUACCAUAGCACCUUAAACCCAACACCCAAGAUUGAUUUUAAUGGCAUAUUCAGAAAUUACUGGCCCUCGCAGCUAAAUGUUUUUAGAGCUCUUUGGGUAGAUAACCUGCCUUAUAAACAUAUUUCCCAGCAUUCAGUCUAUCCUCAUGGCAGUAGCAUGGGUAAACCAAUCAUUAUUACCCAUUCACUUACAGACAGACUGGUGCUCCUAUGUGGAAAACCUUGAAAUAAUGGAAAAAGGAGGAUUAAGCUGAGGAUUAAGUUUAAGAGAUGCGUAUAUAAAUCAUAUAUAUAUACAAGUCCCCUUUAAUUUCAUUACCUAUUCAUAAUGCAAAUAGUAAAACUGUAAUGAAAAUUGCAGUUACACACAUAUUUUACCCAGAAAUUCUGUAAAUCUUGUGUCUGAAAAGUCACCAUGGAUUAGAUAAAAGGCCAGCAUGCACUGUGUUGCUAGGAAGAUAUCUUAUAAUACUGAAAUGCAGGUCUAUUUACCUGCGAGGAGCAGCAUACUUUGACAACAGAAUAAUCUAUCACUGCCUCAGUCUGUGCUGAUAGUGAUUAUAAUCUCCUGCCAAAAUGUCACAUCAUUCAAAGAACAAUAGAAAUCAUGAACAUUUAGUUCAACUGUUAGUCCUUUUUAGCUAGCGUAUUAUGAUCUGCUGCUUAUAUGGAUAGACCACCCUCUAGUGGUGUUUAAAAUGAACUAAGUAUUACCAAUGACAAUACAGAAUCAUUUAAUGUUUAUUGUUUUUUUUUUUUUGUUGUUGUGGCGCAUCAAAAUCCUCCAAAGUCUGCAAUUUAGUUCUUGGAACCUGAGCAACAGAAAGGUCGAGUUACACGCCUAUGAUACAGAGGAGCUUACUUAAUAUCAAAUCAAGCUUUACUACAUAAAAUCUGGAUAUCGUUCAAAAGAGAUUUGAGCACUGCUUAUUUAUAGUAGAUUGAAUCACCACUAUUACUGACUGAGUCCAAGUUGCACUAAGCAAACAGAUCAGAAAGAAGCAGCAAAAAGGAGCAGGCAGUGACGAAAACAGUCUACAAAGAAUGCGCAGAAGUAAUGGUGGCCAUACACAUAAGAUUCGCUCGCUUGGCUAGGUCGCCCAACAAGCAAAUCUUUCCCCAGGUUUGCCCACCUUGGUGGGCGAUAUUGUGCUAAUGGCCCUAGGACCAAACAAUUGCAUUACAAUAAAGGGGAUAAGAGACGUUGGAGUGAGGAUCUCAUCAAUGAGACAAUGCGGUCCCCAUUCAGACAGAAAAAUCAAGCCUAUCCGAUCAACAUCUGGAUAAUUUUUUUGCCAGAUAGCGGUCGGGAGGCCUGUCAGAUAAUCGGGCAGAUAAGCUGUCAAAUCAGUCUGAAGGACCCAAAUCCACAGCCCAUGAAUGGCCACUUUUAGUCUCCCUUGCAUUAGAUCAGUUCUCUAGGAUAUUCUAUUAUUUGUAGAGAAUUACUUAAUUAAAAUGAAACCUUACAGCAGGCUGUUUUUCAUUCCCUGCUGCCUGCCCAUUUCUUCUGUCUCUGAUCCUCAUAUCUAAGCCAGAGUAAACAAACAGUGCAGCAUAUGGAAAUGAAGUUGCUUCAGCUUUUGUUCUAGCAAAGAGAGUCUGACUCUUGACAUUUUGUCAGGGAAUUCUAGGAUCAACAACUUGCAUGAAUGUUUACAUGAGCUACAACUCCAUGGAAAAAAAAGAUGUAUUGAAACUCUGCAGCUUUGGCAAGGUGCAUGAGUCAGUCUUGGCUGCAUGUUAUUAGAAUUUACUUUAUGUAGGCUGGCCUUGCCAUCUCAGAUACAUGCAAAUAAGCCUUGUCAGAUCAUCAGUUUAUUCCCAAAUAUUAAAUAACCGUUCACUUUUUAUAUUACAAUUACACACUGUGUGGUAACCAUCUUUUCUUGCAUUACUGCAAAUGAAAUAUAUAAAUAUAUAUAUAAAUAUAUUAAAAGUUUUGCUAAAGCCAACAAAAGAUAUGUUUAUUUUAUUUCCUUUGUUAUUUAAA